GGAACAACUGCAAUAAAAUUCAGAUACAUAAACCGUGUAUCGGAGUUGUAUGAAGUUGAUCUUUUUGCGCUUUAGAGAGAGAUCAUGGAUGAUAGUGAUAAAGCGACACGCCAGCCUCUUAAACACAGAUUCAAGGAUUUAUUACUUCGUGACCAAAACGAUCCAAAGUUUCAGGUUGAAUUCCUUGUUAAAGAAAGUAGUUUCAAAGAACGUCUCCAGUGUUACUUGAUCAAAAAUCAACGAUCAAGUCUCAGUGUGCGAGUGUUUUAUCUGUCACUCAAGGUGUUGAGCUGCAUUUUGUAUGUAUCCAGAGUGCUGACUGACUGUAAGCAUCAGACACGAUGCUCCGGUCAGAACGGUAACUAUACCCUGCUUGAAAUCGACUGGUCUCCGGUUAUUUGGGUUGAUCGAAAUGAAAUGCUUUGGGCUGUACAGGUGUCUGUUGCUGUCAUUUGCUUGUUCAUUAGAAUCCUACUGACAUAUCUACGAUACAAGGGUAACAUAUUGCAGCAGGUACUUCAAAUGGCAUUUAUGUUGGAAUUGAUUGACACGGUGCCCUUUGUGAUUGGCAUUUUUUAUCAUUCCUUCCGGAAGCUCUUCAUUCCUGUCUUUCUGAACUGCUGGCUGGCAAAACGUGCUUUAGAAACUAUGGUUAAUGAUCUUCAUCGAGCUAUUCACCGGACACAGUCAGCCAUGUUCAAUCAGGUCCUUAUGCUCAUCUCCACCAUCGUCUGCCUCAUUUUCACUUUCAUUUGUGGUGUUGAGCACUUGCAGCGAGCCGGAAAUAAACUCACAGUUUUUGACUCUUUCUACUUCUGCAUCGUGACCUUUUCUACAGUGGGGUUUGGAGAUGUUGUUCCUGAUAUUUGGCCCUCCAAGUUGCUAGUGGUUAUUAUGAUACUUGUCACUUUAAUGGUCCUGCCAAUCCAGUUUGAGGAGUUGGCUUAUCUGUGGAUGGAGCGGCAGAAGUCUGGAGGAUAUUACAGCAGACAGAGAGCAGAAACAGAGAAACAUGUGGUGUUGUGCGUCAGUUCAAUCAAAAUUGACCUGCUGAUGGAUUUCCUAAAUGAAUUUUAUGCCCACCCUAAACUUCAGGAGCACUAUGUUAUCAUCCUUUGCCCAACUGAGCUGGAUGCGGCAGUCAGAAGUGUGCUGCGGAUCCCAAUGUGGUCACAUAGAGUCAUAUAUCUGCAGGGCUCUGCCCUCAAAGACCAAGACUUGGUCAGAGCAAAACUGGAUUAUGCUGAGGCUUGUUUUAUUCUGACUUGUCGCUGUGUGGCUGACCGCAAUGCAGCAGAUUAUCAGACCAUCCUGCGUGCUUGGGCAGUGAAGGAUUUUGCUCCAGGCUGUACUCUUUUUGUUCAGAUUCUGAAACCAGAAAACAAAUUUCAUGUGAAAUUUGCAGAUCAUAUUGUUUGUGAGGAAGAGUUUAAAUUUGCCAUGCUGGCCAUGAAUUGCAUCUGUCCUGCAACAUCUACCUUCAUCACCCUUCUGGUGCACACCUCACAAGGCCUAGAGGGCCAGCACUCUCCUGAGGACUGGCACAGAAUCUAUGGGAAAUGCUCAGGAAAUGAAGUGUACAGUAUAGUUUUAAACAAAAGCAUCUUCUUUUCUGAGUAUGAAGGAAGCAACUUUGCUUAUGCAUCAUUUAACGCAUAUAAUAAGUAUGGCAUUUGUCUCAUUGGAGUCUGUCCUGAGGACACUAAGAGCAUUCUGCUGAAUCCUGGUGCUCAGUAUACCAUGAAUGCCUUGGACACGUGCUUCUAUAUCAGUCUCACCAAGGAGGAAAACUCCUAUGUUAAGCAGAGAGAAUGUAGAAACAACAGCAAGACUCAACGACCAAUGAGCAGUGCCAUUGCAAGCACAGGGACCAUGGCCAUAGAUAUACAGGAAAUAAGCAUUCCAUCCACGUUAGGCCCAUCGCUCUCAACGGAAGCUAAUACAUCUGAGAAAAAACAACCAAUCAUGACUCCUGUUGUAGAAUUGCCUGAUUCACCUUCCUUUCAAGCUGACAAGUUACUCAGUGGUCAGUCAAAGAGCCACGUCACUGGAGAUGAAUGCAGUGAUGGUUACUUUAUAGGAUAUCCUCCAAAUUUACCCUACAUUGGAAGCUCAACAAUCCUUUGCCAUUUACGAAAAAAGAAAAUGCCCACAUGUUGUAUGCAUCUGGAAAAGUUUUUGUCCAAGACCUGCAACCACAAAGACGAUGAAGAUGCAAAAGUGUACAGUUUGAAGAGUAAGCUGGUCAUUGUGUCUGUUGAGACAGCAGGAAACACCCUGUACAACUUCAUCCUCCCGUUACGAGCCUCGUACAGACCACAGAAUGAACUGUGGCCCAUUGUGUUGCUCUUAGAGAAUGAACCGGAUGAAGAAUUUCUUGAGACUAUCUGUUGGUUUCCAAUGAUUUACUACUUGCUUGGAUCAAUUGACAGCCUGGAUGACCUGUUGCGUUGUGGCGUCUCUUUUGCUGCCAGUAUGGUGGUUGUGGAUAAGGAAAGCACAAUGACUGCUAAGGAGGACUAUAUGGCGGAUGCAAAAACCAUAGUUAAUGUUCAGACUCUGUUCAGGUUGUUCUCUGGUCUGAACAUCAUCACAGAGUUAACUCAUCCCGCUAACAUGAGAUUCAUGCAGUUCAGCACAAAGGACUGUCAUUCCCUGGCAUUCUCCAAACUGGCAAAGAAAGAAAGAGAAAAAGGCUCAAACCUGUCCUUCAUAUUUCACCUUCCGUUUGCUGCUGGUAGGGUUUUCAGCAUUAGCAUGCUAGACACACUCCUCUACCAGAGCUUUGUUAAGGAUUAUAUGAUAACAAUCACCAGGCUCCUGCUGGGGCUGGAAACUACACCACAGUCUGGUUUCUUGUGUGCUAUGAGCAUUACUGAGGAGGACUUAUGCAUUGAGACGUAUGGCAGACUGUACCAAAGGCUUUCUUCCACUGUAGGAGACAUUCCCAUUGGCAUCUACAGGAGCAAGUCUCAAACAGUUGAAUCUCCUGAGACUCCACAAUUCCAAAUGUCAGACAAGGCAUCGGUGUUUGAUGAGGGCAGAGACCUAGAUGAGCAACAUCAGAGUCUUCACUGUGAAUUACCAGACAGUCAACUGCAGACACAAUCUCUGCGUCGGAGAAGCAUGCAGUGGGCUUCCAGUCUCCUGGGGCCAUGGCAUGCUGAGCGUGAGGCAGACAGACUAAGCCAGCAUCGGGGUGUCCUGCUUUCAUGCUCUGAAAGACUGGAGGUCACGGAGCUGGUCAAGAAACGCAUGAAAAACCUGGGUCUAUCCACACUGGGAUUCGAUGAACAGACCGAUAUCAAGAACAGUCAUGCUUACAUCUUAAUCAACCCAUCUUCUGAUACAAACCUGGAGCUCAAUGACAUUGUGUACAUAAUCCGUAAAGAUCCUCUCAUCCAAGCUGGACGAUACUGACAGCGCUAAGAACAGCAUGAGAAGCAAUUCACAAAUGAAAGCGGAACACAAAGCUGGAUAAUCAUCUUUAAAUUAAAACCUCGCACUGCUUACAAUAAUGCAUGUCAUAAUCAUAUAUAUUUAUAUCAGUAUUCAUGUCUUAUGCUCAGCUUGACGUAGACUUUGGCCCAGUCAGAGUUCUCUGUCCAAUCCUAACUCAGUUUAGCCUCACAAUUCCGCAGGACUCAUGUGCCAGAGAGUACUACAAUAAACAAUAAUGCAUGGAUCUUUUCAUUUCCCACCACUUUUAAUAUAUGAAGCAUAAUGACUAUGUAAUCAGCUUAUAAAAACCAAAGGAAGGUUUUUUUUUGAUGAGAAUAAUUAAAACACUGGGAGCAGCAAUCAUUUCAUUACAAUUACAUUUCAAUCCCCAAAUAAAAUGCUGUCAUUA